AUGGCUGUUGGUGGCUUAAAUGUUAUUUCUUUUUCAAAAAAUGAAAUAAAAGGGAAGAAAGAAAAUGGUAUCAACAGUAACACUCCCUCAUCGCCCUCAUGCUGCGAAUCCUUCCUCAUCGCUCUCUCUCAGAAACCCAAUCGCUCACGAUCGUCCCUCCAUCGCUCUCUCUCGUUAAAACUCUCUCACUCAAAAGCUCACACUAGCCUAAUCCUUCUUCUCUCCGUCUCACUUUCACCCAUCCUCGCCCUCUUGCUCUCUAACAAUUACUCCAAAAAGAUUCAAGCCAAAGGAAACUCACCUUCGGUGGUGGCGACGGUGAUGAUGGAGCCUAAGCUUCACUAUUUCGCCUCUCUCUUCCAGGGUUUCAGAUUGAUGCUCAAAGGUUCCAAAGGAGAAAGUUUUCAGAAGCACUUUUGUCCGCUCAGAAACGAGUUAUCCUGUUUGAUGCUAUUUUCCGGAAAGUGAAUUCGGAGCAUUGGCUUAAUUUAUCAUCACUAAUAUUUUCAGCUUCAGCUUUCUCCAAUUGUUGUUCCUUGUGAACAGUUUGGUUAUCACAUGAUUUACCUCUCUUUCUUGAUGAUUUUCCUAGCAUUUUUGAAUAUUCAAGAGCUUUAUCAGAAGGUUUGGCCUCCGGUUCAACGCCAGCAAGUCGAUUACUUUGACCUCUUUCCUUCUCUUGGAUUUAUUUGACUGCACUGAAACAAAUUUUUGUCCCUGCCUCUUGUAACAUUGUCAAGCAAAUUGCUUUGACUGUCCU